UUCACGGUGCCACUGUUUCAGUGUUCCACUUUGUCACUGUUUCACUGUUCUACUGUCCGUCUGUUCCAGUGUGCCACUCUUCCAUUAUGCCACGGUUCCACUGAACCACAGUGCAACUGUGCCACUAUUUCACUGUACCACUGUUCCCCUGUUCCACUGUGCCACUGUUCCUGUGUGACACUGAGCCACAGUUCCACUGAACAACGGUGCAACUGUGCCACUGUUCUACUGUAUCACUGCUCCACUAUACCACUGUGCGAAUGUUCCAGCAUGCCACUGUUCCACUGAACCACGGUGCAACUGUAGCACUGUUCUUCUGUGCCACUGUUCAACUGUGCCACUGCUCCACUAAUCACCGGGCCAUUGCUCCACUGUGCUCAUCUAGUGUGCUACUGUGCCACUGUUCCACUGUGAUGCUGUUCUACUCUGCCAUGUUCCACUGUGCAGCUGUUCCACUGCUUUACUGUGCCACUGUUUCACUGUGUAACUGUUCCUCUGUGCCACUGUUUCUGUUUCACUUUGCUGCAGUUCUACUGUUUCACUGUGUCACUGUUUCACUGAACCACUGUUCCAGUGUUCCACUGUUCCACUAUUCUACCGUUCCAGUAGGCCACGUUCCACUGUGCCGCUGUUCCACUGGGCCACUGUUACAAUGUGCCACUGUGCCUCGCUGCAACUGUGCCUCUGAUUCACUGUUCCAGUGUGCCACGGUUCCACGGAACCACGGGGCAACUGUAGCACUGUUCUUCUGUGCCACUGUUCUACUGUGCCACUGCUCCACUGUUCCACUGGGCCAUUACUCCACUGUGCUCAUCUACUGUGCUACUAUGCCACUGUCCAAUUUUCCACUGUUCUACUGUG